AUGAGCAAAGAGCUGACCGGCAUCUUGAAGUCCUGGGAAGUGAAAGUCAAGAAAUCACAAGCAGCUGCAAAGAAAAGGGCGGUCAGCAUCUUCACCACAAUGUCUGUGGCCCAUGUAGAUGAAGAAGCUAGCGACACAGAGGUUUCUCAUGUGGAGAAGAUCUUCUCCAAUGGCGACAUCUAUAUUGGUCAGUGGGCAGCUGAAAACUGCCCUCACGGUGAUGGAAAGUACUUAUGGGCAGAUGGGUGUAUGUAUUUUGGUGAGUGGUAUAAGGGCAAGAGCAAUGGAAAAGGGAAAUUUAGCUGGCCUUCUGGUGCUACCUAUGAGGGUCAAUUCAAGAAUUGUUAUAUGCAUGGUGAGGGUACUUUUACAGGUUCUUUGAAUGAUACUUAUAAAGGUUGUUGGGUAAUGAAUAAGAAACAUGGAAAAGGGAGCACAAGUUAUGCCAAUGGUGAUCACUAUGAAGGGGAUUGGAGGAAGGGGUUACAGGAUGGUCAAGGGACGUAUCAAUGGAAUAGUGGUCAUCAGUAUGUUGGUCAAUGGAAGAAGGGGAAGAUGAAUGGGAAUGGAACCUUGAUUUGGGCUAAUGAGCAACGGUAUGAUGGGACUUGGGAAGCUGGAUUGCCGAAAGGCAAUGGUACCUUUAGGUGGGAAGAUGGGAGUUUUUACGUAGGUGUUUGGGGUAAGGAUCAAAAAGAGCAAAAUGUGAAGUUUUAUCCGUCGACUCCCCCGGUAUCUCAUGAUGAUUGGGAACCUCGUCAGCUGUUUUCAGUUGAGAUGAAUCAAUGUGUGAUUAGUGAGGCUGAGUCCAUUACAGAAUUCCCUUCGGAUAAGGUGUUUAGUUGGUUGAAUGGUGAAGGCAAGCAUCACAAGCGACAAAUCAAGAAGAAUCCCAAAAAUGAUAACAGGGGUGGGAGACAAUCUGUUGAUGGAAGGGUUAGCAAUGGUGAUGGUUUGGGGUCAGAUGGGGUGGGCAGUGGACAUAUUCAUGGGUUGGGAAUUAGACCACAUUUGGCAGAGAGGCAAGGGAUCACAAUAUGCAAAGGCCAUAAGAAUUAUGAGCUCAUGCUCAAUCUACAGCUUGGGAUAAGACAUUCUGUAGGGAGGCCUGCUCCAACUAAAUCUCUUGAUUUGAAGCCUACAGCUUUUGACACCGAGGAGAAGUUAUGGACCAGAUUUCCACCCGAAGGAUCCAAACAUACUCCACCUCAUCAGUCAUGCGAUUUUAGAUGGAAAGACUAUUGCCCGUUGGUUUUCAGGACUCUUAGGAAAUUGUUUAAUGUGGAUCCAGCUGACUACAUGUUAUCGAUUUGUGGAAAUGAGGCUCUUCGGGAACUCUCUUCUCCUGGAAAAAGUGGCAGCUUCUUUUACAUGACGAAUGAUGAUAAGUACAUGAUAAAGACAAUGAAGAAGGCAGAAGUGAAAGUACUAAAGAGGAUGCUUCCAGCAUAUUUCGAGCAUGUGAAGAACUUUGAAAACACCCUUGUCACGAAAUUUUUUGGAUUACACUGCGUGAAGAUGGGUGGACCUUCCCUACGGAAAGUGCGGUUUGUUAUUAUGGGAAAUUUGUUCUGUACUGAGGUACCUAUUAGCAGGCGGUUCGACCUGAAAGGAUCUUCCCAUGGCCGAAUAACGGAUAAACCCGAGUCUCAAAUCGAUGCAAAUACUACCCUCAAAGACCUUGACCUCAAUUUUAUCUUCCGGUUACAGAAAGAUUGGUUUCAAGAGUUCUGUAGGCAAGUGGAGCGGGACUGCAAUUUUCUUGAACAAGAAAGAAUUAUGGAUUACAGUCUUUUAGUCGGUAUUAGCUUUCAAGAAUGCAAUCAGGAGUUAUCAGCCGAUGAAGGCUGUUUAUCCGAAUCUUGUACUCCCAGAGGGAACGUUGAACCGGAUAGCAGAGGGACAACUCCUAGAGGUUCUUCAGCAGAUACGGAUGAACCUCUCAAUCCUACACGGUGGGCAUCUGUAAGGCUCGGCAUUAACAUGCCUGCACGGGUCGAAUCCACCGUCAGAAAUCACGAGACUCAGUUAGUUGGAGAACCAACCGGAGAAUUCCACAACGUUGUCCUCUUCUUCGGUAUAAUAGACAUUCUACAAGAUUACGACAUCAGUAAGAAGCUCGAGCAUGCUUAUAAAUCUUUUCAAUACGACCCGACUUCCAUCUCCGCCGUCGACCCCAUACAGUACUCAAAACGGUUUCAUGAUUUCAUAUUUAGUGUUUUCAAAGAAGACAGCUAAAGUUUUUUUCAGCUGAAGAGCUGGUGAGCCUAAAAUGUACAGCCCCGGUCAAAGACGGAUUUGAUCGUUGACCGUGAUUACCGGUGUCAGGUCCGAUCGUUGAUGAUAAAAUGUAUACAUGCAUACAUACGUAUAGCAGUUUCCGGUACGAUUUUGGUCUGUAUUUAUAUACUGGAUUGAGUUAUAGAAUAGGGUUAUAGUUGUUAGAGGUUAGUGAAGUUGUAGAUGUUAAAAGUGAUGAAUGAGUUCAAAAUGUGUAGUAAUGUUGU